UGAAUGCACACAACAGACGGGCAGCCUCUCAUCUCAUUGCCAUCCGCAGUAACUGUAAGGCAAGAACACAAGCGACACAGAUAGCUCAUCCACUUUAGAUCCGGCUCUGCUGCCUGCUCUGUACGUUCUGCUAAAACACAAUAAUCACGAAGACCUGUGCGUGUGAGGAUUAAGCGAUGCAUAUGUGGAAUUACUGAUCUCUCACUGCUACCUUACUGAUUGGGAGGACUGUGACGGCAAGGAAGGGUGUUGUCAUCACCUUUUAAAAUCAGCUGCAAGAACCACAUGUACCGGAAAACCUAAGCCUCCUUUUCUUUUUCAUUCCUAAGAGUGAUGUUAGCUGUUUCUUUCGUCAGAUUUUUCUUUAACUAGCGGAUCUGCUGCAGAUUGCCACAUUGAUUUGCUUUUUUAUUUUUUUUUCUUCUUCUUCAAGAUGGCAAUUUCUUAUUGGAUAUGUGUUUCAACCUUCUUGUGACCACCCAGGACUAGAGACAUACAGCCCACGAUGGGAUAUUGGUAAGGAUCGAUAACACAAGGCUGUAGCUGAUAUUCAUCAGUGACAGCGAAAGUCUGGGCGUCUGACACAUGAUCACUACAAGAACAGACUAAAGCAUCUGCUUAUUCGUUAACACCGGAAUCGGAACAGUAUAAUAAGACGCCGUGGCCGAUAUGAUUCAUUAGAAGGAUGACAAGAUUGUCAUAGGCAAAAUUCGGAGGAGACUCUGUGGUGACGGAGAGUACAAUUACCUAUUUCUACCACCUGGAGGCGCUUUAUCACUCUCUCCUAUCCUUACCUUUGAGGUCAGGAGGAUACAGAAACAAGUUGGGCAUUUGAUCUACUCCCAUUGCAACUCCCUUCGAACCUUAAUUGGCGGACACUUUUUCUUUUUCAAGCGAGGGGUUUGGGGAUUUAGCAAAACCUACUGUGUGUGGUUGUUUUGUAAUUCUUGGCACAUCUGCUUACCUGUAUUAUUAAACUCAUUCGCUGGGAACACUUGUGUGAAACAAAAAGGAAAAACAAGACACAACAUUACUCUCAGGAAUAUAAGGGAAUCCAUAGACAUAGAAUAGAGCAUAACCCAAGAUACAAAAAUGACCCACUUGCAGGCUGGAUUAUCACCUGAAACAUUGGAGAAAGCUCGCUUGGAGCUAAAUGAGAACCCAGACACCUUGCAUCAAGACAUCCAGGAGGUAAGGGAUAUGGUGAUAACCCGGCCAGAUAUUGGUUUCCUCAGGACAGAUGAUGCCUUCAUUUUAAGGUUUCUGCGGGCGAGGAAAUUUAACCACUUUGAGGCUUUCCGACUAUUGGCCCAGUACUUUGAGUACCGCCAACAGAAUCUGGAUAUGUUCAAGAACUUUAAGGCUACAGAUCCAGGAAUCAAACAAGGACUGAAAGACGGCUUCCCUGGGGUUCUGUCAAACCUUGACCAUUUUGGAAGAAAGAUACUUGUAUUAUUUGCUGCCAACUGGGACCAAAGCAGGUACACUCUUGUGGACAUACUGCGAGCUAUACUGCUGUCUCUAGAAGCUAUGAUAGAAGAUCCGGAACUCCAAGUGAACGGAUUUGUUUUAAUAAUAGACUGGAGCAAUUUUACUUUCAAACAGGCUUCAAAACUCACCCCAAGCAUGCUGAGACUGGCAAUAGAGGGCCUUCAGGAUAGUUUUCCUGCACGCUUUGGUGGAAUCCAUUUUGUCAAUCAACCCUGGUAUAUUCAUGCCUUGUAUACUGUCAUAAGACCUUUUUUAAAAGAAAAGACGAGGAAAAGGAUAUUUUUGCAUGGGAAUAAUCUCAAUAGCUUGCAUCAGCUGAUUCACCCAGAGAUUCUACCAUCUGAGUUUGGUGGAAUGCUGCCACCAUAUGAUAUGGGGACAUGGGCGAGAACGCUACUGGACCAUGAGUAUGAUGAUGAGAGUGAAUAUAACGUAGACUCAUACAGUAUGACAACAAAAGAUAUGGAAAAAGAUUUGUCUCCCAAAUCCAUGAAAAGAUCGCAGUCAGUUGUGGAUCCUGGGGUGCUGAAACACAAUGACAAAAAUGAGGAUGAAAACAUGCAGCCGUUACUGUCACUUGAUUAGCAGCUUUUCAAGUGAUGAAGAGAAGAAUUACUAUUCCAGGAAUACCUAAACUCUUAACAGGAAUGUACCAACUGGAAAUUUAUUAUACAGGUUGACAUAAUAUAAUGUUAAAAAAAAAGACAAUAGUGUCUCUCUACUUUGCAGUUUUCAGAGGCCUCCUAUGGAAUAACACAUUUGUUCUGUAAGUGCCAAUUUGUUUGUAAAUAACAUGCCCCAUGAUCUAAGUGAUCAAUAGAACAAUAUCGUGAAAAAAGCCGCAUUUAAAAACUGUACA